UCAAUCAUCUUACCUUCAAACCAUAACCUUUUCUUUGUUCUUUAAAAGUUUUAGAGAAGAAAAUAAAAUAAAAUGUCAAGCACUCAAUUCAAUGCUGGACAGGCCCAUGGCCAGACUCAGCUGCAGAGAACACCCAAGGCCAAGCCCAACAAACGAGGGAGGAAACCGCUGGAUUCCUUCAGCAGACUGGAGAGCAAGUGGUUAACAUGGCUCAGGGUGCCAUUGAUGGAGUGAAGAACAGUCUGGGGAUGGGCGAGAAGAAGUGAAACCAAGUCCCAUGAUGUCUUAGGGCUUAUGGCUUCCUUUAUUGUUUUAAUAAUAAGAGCUAAAUUUAGCAUAGCAAAUGUUUUAGGGUGUGACACAGUUUUAGAUGGUUAUUAGAAUUUUUACAUUUUUCUUUAA